CUAGUUACGCAGUUAUAGGCAAACGCGAUAAACUAAUCGGAAAAUAAAAUUACUCAUGGUGAGAGUUAACAAGACCUAAGAAAAGGCCAGCGUGGGAGUAAAUAAGACAGAAUAGCUUGCAAGUCAGAUCUUAACGGAUCAACAUUUAAAACAAAUCAGAAUUUAAAACGGGAGAACCAUUGAUUAAAAUAAAUAAAUAAAUAAAUAUAUAUAUAUAAAUACAUACAUAAAGUCAACUGGAAUCUAUAGUAAAGAUAAUUUACGUCACAUUUACCGUAUGAUAGGAUAGAGGCUUGGUCUCAGACAGGAAGAAAAUCUAGGGAUAUACCAGGUGGUUGCAUUCUUCAAAGGCUGUAACAAUCAACACAUUUGUCGUUAUACUCGUUUGCACUUGGGGCAGCAACGAUUGUAUGUGAAUGAUAGACGAAAUAAAAGCAUAGCAUACGCAGAAGGCCUUGUAUCGCGGCUAAAGACUUGACACUCGUGUGGAUGUGACAGAAAAACUUAACAAAUUUACUGAAUUAUUCAGGAGAUUGUAAGAAUGAUUAUGUAAAUGUGUUUGGUUGUUCAGAAGAUUGUGAAUUUCCAUUAGACAUAAAUACGAACAAUUUGACAAAAUGGACGGACGUUCUGGAAUUCUUUGCGUUGUUUUGAUUUUGGUAUCACUUGAAGUUGCAUGUGCAGUAAAUGGUCGUUUUCAUCCAGGUCAAUGCGGGAACGAGGCGUUUGAUAUUGUGUUUGCCAUUGACACCUCAAGCAGUAUUUGGAAACCGGAUUUUGAUCGCCAACUCAAAUUUAUACGGGACGUCUCUAACCAGUUUGACAUCGGCCGAAGCGAUUUACAGACGAGGAUUGGCGUUAUUUCGUUUGCAGAUUCCUAUUACUUGCAAUUCCAUCUAUGGCAAAACAAUCGGCCGGACCUUUUAGACCGGGCUUUAAACCGCGUCCAUCAUAGGGCAGGUCGCAAAACAAAUACAGGGGACACUCUGAAAUACAUCGCAAAGUAUAUGUUUCAACAUAGAUACGGUAGUCGACCAUUUGCUAACCAUGUUGUUAUCGUUAUUACUGACGGAAGGUCGCAAGACCGAAAGAAAACAAUUGAGGCCGCUAAGCUUAUGCGAGCAUCCGGGAUCCAUGUUUUUGCCAUUGGCGUUGGCGACGGAGUUGAGUACCGGGAACUGGAGGAGAUUGCCACCAGACCACCCGAGGAUUACGUGUUUGAAGUGGAUGAUUUUAAAUCUCUUGACGCAAUGAAGUACAUAAUUGCAAAUAAAACGUGUCAAGGUACACUAAGGACAACGACAACGACGACACCUUUACCUACAGUGCCCUCUCGUCCGAUCCCCGGAGUGAUCAACCCUGUGACCCAGUACACCCGACCCCCGCCCGUGACAGUCACCCAUGUUGAUGGGGUCACCAUCCCCAAUCAACCAGAUGUUCAAGCUGAUAUAGACCCCAGCCUGAAUGUUACAAAUUGCGGGGGAAAACCUGCAGAUAUUUACUUCGCACUGGAUGCUUCUAACAGCAUAUGGCCUGAAGAUUUUAAGAAGCAAUUGAAUUUCGUUCGCGAUCUGAUAAGCCUUUUUGACGUCUCCGCAACAAAGACGCGGAUUGGUCUUGUAACUUUUAGCGACACAGUGAGGCCGAUCUUUGACUUCAACACCAAACAAGAGAAGAGCAAUUUGAUAGCGUUGAUGAACAACAUAACGUUUAUGAGUGGACGUACCAAGACGUCAGAUGCGUUGAAAUUCAUUCACGAGCAGGGAUUCUCUAGAGACGUUGCAAGGCGAGAAGUAGCUCACAUCAUUCUGGUUUUCACGGACGGUAUAUCCAAGACACCGCACGAGACGGCGAGGGAAGCAGAACUUGCUAAGAGGGACGGUAUAUAUCUAUUCUCCAUCGGUAUCGGAAUGAGUGUGGAGAGAACAGAACUGGAGGACAUUGCAAGCGAACCUGUUGACGAUUACGUGUUUCAUGUCAGCAAUUUCAGCGUCCUAAAUACCAUCAAGAACAUACUAGCCAUCAAAACAUGCGCUCUACAGCCAGAGGACUACGUUGCUGACACAGACGUGAAGAAGUGUGAUAUCAACAUGAAUACAGACCUUAUGUUUGUUUACGACUCCGCACAACUCGGAAUCCCUCGCACAAGAAAGAUCACGAAGUUUGUUUACGAUGUAACCGCCAAUUUGAAUUUGGAGUCCGGCCAUUUGAAAGUUGGGCGGUUACUAGAAAACUGUAUAUCCAACGCAGAUACUUACUUGACAUCUCAACGACAGAACAUGGACUUUGAUGAGAUUUAUUUUCCGGAUUUCCGUAGAAUGAUCAGGCGGUUGGCGAGUCAAGGUUUCGCGGAACCUUACGGUGCUCGGCGUUACGCAAAGAAGGUAGCCGUGCUUUUUAUUGACGAUGCUACGGAAAACUUGAAACAAGCGGCGGAUGAAAUCGUGCGUCUUACAAACACACAUACGUUUGUCGUUGCCAUUGGUGAUAUGGACGUGUUCGCUGCUGCUAAUUUGGCAUCGAAACCAGCAAACGAUUAUAUUGUGCAUAUUCCAUCUUACAAGUAUCUUCAUACUGCAAAAUACACGCUUCUUCAAAAACUGUGUAACAUUUUCUCGAAACCUGUGCAAUGAGAAAGAACUUGACGAGAACUGUACACGUGCUAGUAUUCCAGAUAGGGCAGAGCAAUGACAUGUAGUGAGGGCACUAUACGUGCAGAUGGUCCAUAAAAUCGUUGCGAAUUCGUUUUUUUUUAGAAAAAACAACAACAAUGAACUAUACAUUGCAGUUAUAGUCACUGUGUCUGUUGCUAUUGUAUUUGAUUUUAAAAGCCAGCCUUUGCUAAAGUAGGAAGGACAUUUAGUUUUAACAUAAUUAUAUAUUACUGAUGUACAUAUUUUGAUAUUUUAUAUCAUAGACAUUACAUUUUUUCUCUAUAUUUCACAUUCAGAUACCAAUAUAUAACGAUGUCAUUACAUGCGCUAAUGACAUCAUUUUCUUUUAUGCGGAUUUGUAAUUUGUUACCAUUUUGUGAUAUAAGCAUUGCUUGUAUAUUUAGCAGUAAUGUUGAUUACAUUCGAGAUAAAGAAAACUAUUUUUCUUUUUUCAAGUGUUGAAUAUGAAAAUAUAAGACCAAUUUGUGUUAUUUUGUGUUGCUCAUUCGUCAUUAUAUAUGUAAGUGGCUGUCAGCUGUAUUAUAAAUAGUGUAUAUAGUAUGCAAAUAAGUUUGGUACCUAUUCUAUAGAAUAAAACUUGUUUUGUAUAUAAUGUGUAUCGAUAAAUAUAUAUGUGUGAAAUAAAUCGAUUUUUAAACUUC